GAAGCCGGCUCUUAUCGUUCAGUUAAAAGAGACGGCUUUUUGAACCAGCUCGUUCCGGACCGACCCAUCCCUACUAGUGAGUCGCUGCAGGGCGCCGUGUCCGUCCAGCAUGUCUUGUUUACGGUGAGGUCGGACUACCAGCCUGCGGUUCAAAGCUACACGUUUCUGAAUAAACCACCAUCCCAGAGAUCAGAAAGAGAAGGACAGACAAGGAGAGAAAGAGAGAGCAAGGGGAUGUUGACUUAUCCCUCUGAUUCGCUCCCUCAGAUAGUUUGUCCAAUGGAUGAACAUGCUAUUCCCCAAAACAGUUUCUGUAGUGCACCUCCCCACAGUGAACCUCCACCACCUCUCCUCCCCCUUUCCUCCAUCACUCCCAGCUGUGCAAAAAAUGGAGAUUCUGGACACAGAAGGAGUGGCCGCAUUCAAGAGAUCAGAGAAGAAACUCCCAAAAAGCAGAGCAAUAAAGACGACAGAGCAGCUCAGACAGAAUCCAGACAGAAUCCGUCCCCCUCAAAGACACAAAGGGAGAGUGCGAACAUGGUACAAGUGUCUCAGUCCAGGCAGCCAAGAGUUGAAGGCGCGCAUGUACAUGAGAAACAAAACGAGGAUGGAUUUGAUAUCAGUUUUGCAGCAGAGAGCCAAAAUAAGCAAAAGGACCAGAAAAGCCCACAGAAGAAACCAAAUGUCUCUGCUGCAGAAAAUGUAGUUGAGCAGUUGGCUGUUGAUGCCACACAGAAUCUCGACACCACUAGAUCUGACAUGGAUACGUGCAGGGAAUUGGCUGUUGGACACUCUUUUCAAAAUGCGCCUCCCCCGAAGGGAUGGGUGAUCGGCCCCUUGUUUCAGUCAUUAAAGUUGAAGAUGGCCAGUUUCACAGAGAUAGUCAUGAGUCCUGUUAAACUCUUCAGAGCUAACAGUCCUCCACCGUGCACGGACCAUCCAAACAAACUCGAUGAGUGUGAGCUACUGGCCGAUGGAGCGUCUGACGUUAAACACUCAGAGCCAAGCGAUACGUUUCAUCCAGAAGCACAAAGUGAGAAUGGGAAUCAGGACGCUAAAGCUAAUCAGCAAGAAGAAACUGUUGCUCUUAAAUAUUCAAAAAGAUUAUCGUUUGAUGUGGAGUUGCCAACGCGCAGCUCCGAUCAGGCAGAUGAAUGUGCAAUAACUCAGAAGGAAAAAAAUUCACCUGAUUCUGUGCCUUUGCAAUGCCGUCCCUUACCCUGCUCUGUUUCUGAGGACGUCUCAGAAUCAGUUAUCAAGUCCUCCACACUGUUACAGCCCUCUGUCGAUGUAAGUGCCUCACAUGAACCCAAGUUAAAGAUGUCCGGUGCUAUGGACAAAGUGACUGUCCGGCUGAAACCACUGCCUAGGAAAUGCACAGUAACUAGAUCUGGAGUAAAGAAAGUUACCUCAACACCUGAAGUCAAAAAGGAAGAGUGUGAGGUUAGUGAUGAGCAGUUUUCUCACAUGAAAUCAAACAAAGGUGAUUCCGUCUGUAAUGCUCAGCCUGACACUGACUGUCCUCAGCCUGAUGUUGGCAGGAAAAUAGAAAGUUUGGUUCUCCUAAGCCACCAGAAGAACUUAAACGACGGUGCUAAUGGAAGGACACUGAGGCCUUCUUUGGAUGCUCAGCAGCUAAACUCUGAAAUUGAUUCAGCUGCAAGUCUUGGGAGAGCAAAGCGGGGGGUUGACCUGGACUGUCAUGUCCAAGACUUUGUAAAAAGGAAGAGAUUGACAGCAGAUCCUUGUACAAGGUAUACAAAAAGACAAGAGCUAUUAAAUGUGGCUUCGGAUAGUGGCACAUUGAGACCACCGAGAAGAGAAAUUGUGUCGACAAAUCCCAUCGUAGAUAAGGAAGAAACGCUGAAGCCUGCUUCAAAAAGACAGGCUGUUUCAACAAGAGCAAGUAAGAAAGGAAAAGGUGGACAAGAAAUGCAGUCAGUGUUAAACACACAGACGGAAAGUUCCUCUGAUGCGAUGUUGGUUUGCUCACUGGAUAAAAGCAGUAGUGUGUCGGAGAACAACGAAAAGGGUAGCAGCAAGGUGAAUCCCAAAAGACUGAAGACAAGAUCAGGUGUUUGUAAAUCCGAUGUAAACAUUGAUAAUAACAGUAUGGAUCUGGCAAUCGCAUCUACGAAACAAGCCGAGCAGGAGCUGUCAUCAGAAGGCCUCACCCGUCCUGCUAUAAAGCCGCUCCAGAGCACAAGCAAGCGCAGGAAUAUAAACAAGAAACCACUAAAACGGAAAUCUCCGAUCCAAUCAACUACAGAGUCGGACAGCACUUUGUUUUCUACCUCCCCAGUUCUAUCAAUGGAGCAUUUAGAUCUCACGCCCACCGAUUUGAAGACAUCUCAGCAAGUUCAAAAAGAGGAGAGCUCCAAAAAGCCUUCUAAGAGACCCAAAAAGGGUUUUAGAGAUGCUCUUAAAUCAUCUGCGUCAGGUGGGAGUCAAGAGACAAAGCAAUGUAUCCAUGACCUUCAUUUGAUAGCCAAAGAAAACCAGCCUGAAGAAGGAAAAGAUAAAAUCUCUAUGGACCCUUUAUAUUUUGAAAUGACGCCGUUUGAAAGUAUUCAACAACCUGCUCCUCCACCCUCCCGACCUAAUUCAGACUGUUAUGUACAAUUACAUAAUGUUAAGCAUGUCAUCAGCACUGCUUCUGUGUCAGAUGAGGUAUUUUCCACUGACGCCGACGCCAGUAACCACAGCAGCGUUAUUGUCUCUGGGCUGAGGUCCAGUGCAAGAAGGGUUAAUAUUAAGCCAAGGAGAGCCGAUAACCAAAGGAGAAAAUGCAGGGUUUUACAAAGUAGGACACGUAAAGGUGAAGAGGUGACAAACUCCAUCACUAUGGACGAUGCAGACUUGGCUACAACAAGUUCACGCUCCGCAGGAAACGGCUUGUCAAGGCGCCUGUUACGCAGCUACUCUUGCCCAGAGAUCCCCUCUUUCCGUCCCCAUGACACACCAUGGACUUCUUCUCUGCAUUCAGCCCAUCACAGCAGGAUUCACACGCCACACCAGUCUUCAAACACUCCUUCUCUCCAUCAUGCCCACAAAUCCCUGCGGCGGGCUCGUCGACACACGGUCUGCAGUGUGGAAGUGGAGAGGGAGAUCGCCCCUCUCUGCCUUCGUAAGGAGGUGUACCCAUCCAGAAGAUCUCUCCCGUAUGACCGAGCCUCCCAGCCCCUGUCCAUGAGUCUCACCCUUUCUCCCAGCAUCUCCCUCACAGCUCUGGCUUCCGGUUUCCUCUCGAGCCCCCUGGCGUUCCUUUCUAAGAAGGUCGAACGCCGAGGAUCUGCAGCCAGUCCCAGCAAUUCCAGUCAUGUUUCUUCUCCUCCGAUAUACCCAUUGAUAUUCCUCGAAAGAAUUGACUCCUCUAAUGCUACAUUAGACUAUAGUAGCAGUGGGAAUACUUUGGACUGUGAGAUUGAGAGAAGACGACAAUGUGAAGAGGAGGAUGAUGGCGAGGACACAAGCUCAUCUAGUCAGGAGUUUGAAGAUGUGGGGCUGAGAGAAGAAAAGGCUUUGUCUGAUUCUGAAAUCAAGGUGGUGCAAAAGCUCGAGGAACGAGGGAAGGUGUCGUCUAUUAGAAUUCGGAAAACUUUACCCAAACCUCAGAACAACCUGACCCCCAUGGGCCUGCCCAAACCCAUCAGACUGAAAAAGAAGGAGUUUAGUUUGGAAGAAAUUUACACCAAUAAGAAUUUCAGCAAACCUCCUGAAAGCCGCCUGGAGACCAUAUUCGAGGUGCCUCUCAAUCGGCGGAAUGGCUCCGAGUCCUGGUUUGGUCUGAGACGUCUCAAACGAUUUCUGGAGUUCCUGGAUGCCGGCGAGGCCAGGAAACCAAAGAAGCCACUUGUUGGCGUCGGAAAGGCAGGUAUUUCAUCUUCAAGGACGAGACGAGGGGGCUUCCCUAAAGACGAGCCGCCGCUCAGCGUGCAGGACGUGGACACGCUUCUCUGUGCCAAACUCGACCAGUUGAAUCUGUGGUUGAUAGACGAUCAGAAAGACAGUUGACAGAAAAAAAAAACCACUGCAAGAGAUAAAUCUGUUUAUAAGACUGUUUCUAACCAACAUGAAGAUUCCCAUGUGAGUCUUCCAGCUCUUUUUUUGUCAGCACAAUCUGAUUGUUGUGGUGACGAGUGAUUAUUGAAGAAUUGCGUUCUGUAGCACUUGUAGCCUGCCAGAAGUGUAUCGCCUCAUAGAAGUUGGCCCAUGUUCAGACUGGUAUGAAAAUGCGUCCUGAGUAUCGGAUCACAAGUGGACAGCUUUAAGUACUUAUGUGAAUGCACUCAUUGAGGAUGCAUUGAGAUCUGAUCAUAUAUCUACAGACUAGGCAUGCAAAGUGCGUUAUUAUCAUACUGUCGGAGAUGUGUUUGUGUUUCGCUGCUUUGCAUGGAGCUGACGCCCGCCCGCUCUCUCUUAUCCCCGGCUCUCUGAAGCUCUGUGCUCCGCUGUUGUCUGGCAAAGGCGUCAGUGUCGGUGGCACGUAGGUCCCCGGGGACUGCCGGUACAAUAACCUUAUAUUUAGAUGUUAAAAAAUGUACCCAAAUUCACGAAUAUGUAGGAUAUUAUUACUGACAUUCAUGUAAUAUUACGUCACAACGUCUGCUGUAUUAGCCAUGUGUUUACUACGUGUUUAUUUGCAUAUAGAGCGGGGAAGUGAGAUCCGAUCACAAGUGGUCACUCAAGACGCAUGUGGAGAGCCUUCUAAUGCCAGCUGUGAACAGACAUACUUGUGAUCCAAUCACUCAGGACGCAUGUUAACGCCAUAGUUGUUAAAUGCAUUAUACAGUAAGUCGCUUUUUUGUCAUUCACACCUCUGCCGUCCUUUUUUUACCCCUGCAGCUUUCCAUCAGCGACAAGUGAAGCUGUCUAGAAAUGAAAGUUGUGACCUUGCAGCAAGUUAAUCCAUAAAGGCAGCUAUUUUUUUUUUUAUUAAAUGCUGAAAAUUACUUUUAAAUAUGCCAGCAAGAGAUUUGUAUUCGCUGCAGCCAAUUUCAAGUGUCUGUCCAGGAAUUGUAUGUACUGUCAAGUGUGUCUGCAAGCAGCACAUGUUAAUCAUUUUACUCAGUUCUCAAUACUCAAUUAUUUGUGUUUAUAGAUUUUCUGGCUGAAGAGGUUUUUGUUGUAAGAAACAAUACGGCGUCCAGAUUAUUUCACUGCUGGUUGGCUUUUUAUUACCUGUGGUUCUCUGGACUGUUUUGUGGUGUCUAUAUAUUUGUAUUGCAAAUGUAACUUCAUGAUAAUCUGCCUAUGUAAGUAUUUUUUCUUUUUGGCCAAAUUUUUAUGCGGUUGCCUUACCUGUAAGACGUUCUGUUUAAAUAGACGUGUUUUUUGUAGGCGUGUUUGUAACCGUUUUUACGAGGGCGUGUCAAGAUACUUAAAGCAACUCAGAGCACAAAUGUUUUUGUUUUAUUCUGAAAUAGUUUCUGUUUAUAUGUUUGAAUAAAAGUACAACAUAUUGAUACAUUUGACAUUAAUAAAGCUAAUAAGGUAACAAUGCAAUAGUGCCGAGAUAAUGUUGGCAACAAGAGCAGGAUCUUGUUCUGGUGAAGCACUGCCAUUUCUUUCCCCAGUAGAGACCCGAUCCUUGAUGAACACGUUUAUGUUCCUACUUUUAGAUUGAGUAAUUUAUUAACUUUUGUACUACCUGCAAGUAUAGACAGUAUCUAAGAAUGAGUAAAGUGUGAUAUUAAGGAUUGGGUCAUUACUGGGGAAUGGCAUGUCUUAUCUUUAAUAUAUAAUGUAUAUGUGUCAUGUAGCGUCACGUCUCAAACUAUAGUCAAUGCUGGAUUUUUAUAUUGUCAUUUAGAUCUUGAAUUGUCCAUAUGUUCAUAUAUUGUUAAAUAAAUAUUACAGCAUAUAAAAAAAAAACAUGUAAAAGUUG